ACCAAGCACCGUAUGCCCUCUUUGCAGCUGCUCUGGUCCCAGGGAUGGCAGCCACGGCUAGAACCAUGGUGCCCCGUUUCUGCCAAGGCCUAACAUCAUCUGUGUAGCGAGGGAUUGGGCUCGGCUCGGAAUCUGGAGCCGUUGAAGCUCUACUGUCUCAAGGUUCCUACCCAUCCUGAAUGCCAAAGUACGGCACUUGGACAGAUCGCUCGCCAUUCCGACUGGCCCUCCCUAGAGCCUGGCUCGGGGCUCAGGUGUUGCGCUCCGUUCGGGCAUGGAGACUGCUUGCGCCUUGUGCACUACCGCGCGGUACGAUGCCUACUACGUACUUUGUACUGCCGGCUGCCACCAAGGGCUUCCAUGUUUCCUCUCCCUCGCCUCACAGACAGACCAGCUCCUCUCGCCCUCUGGUCUGGCCAGAGCGUGAGAGGCAGUGAGGGCUCUGGCACUGGCUUUGGGGAUGCCUCAUGACAUUCGC